GGAAAAGGACUUAGAAGCCAAGUUCAUUAUUCAAAUGGAGAAAAGCAAAACAACAAUCACAAAUUUAAAGAUUCCAGAAGGGGGGACUGGGGACUCAGGAAGAGAACGGACCAAGACCUUCACCUAUGACUUUUCUUUUUAUUCUGCCGAUACAAAAAGUCCAGAUUAUGUUUCACAAGAAAUGGUUUUUAAAAACCUUGGUACAGAUGUGGUGAAGUCUGCAUUUGAAGGUUACAAUGCUUGUGUCUUUGCAUAUGGGCAAACUGGAUCUGGAAAGUCCUACACCAUGAUGGGAAAUUCUGGUGAUUCUGGCUUAAUACCUCGGAUCUGUGAAGGGCUCUUCAGUCAGAUAAAUGAAACUACCAGAUGGGAUGAAGCAUCUUUUCGAACUGAAGUCAGCUACUUAGAAAUUUAUAAUGAACGUGUUCGAGAUCUUCUUAGACGGAAGUCAUCCAAAACCUUCAAUUUAAGAGUCCGUGAACAUCCUAAAGAAGGGCCUUAUGUUGAGGAUCUAUCUAAACAUUUAGUCCAGAAUUACGGUGACGUAGAAGAACUUAUGGACGCAGGAAAUAUUAAUCGGACGACAGCGGCCACUGGGAUGAAUGAUGUCAGCAGCCGGUCUCAUGCCAUCUUUACCAUCAAGUUCACUCAGGCAAAAUUUGAUUCUGAAAUGCCAUGUGAAACUGUGAGUAAGAUCCACUUAGUCGAUCUUGCUGGAAGUGAGCGUGCAGAUGCCACUGGUGCCACUGGAGUUAGACUCAAGGAAGGGGGAAAUAUUAACAAAUCCCUCGUGACUCUAGGAAAUGUCAUUUCUGCCUUAGCUGAUUUAUCUCAGGAUGCAGCAAAUCCUCUUGCAAAGAAGAAGCAAGUCUUUGUGCCUUACAGGGAUUCUGUUUUAACUUGGUUGUUAAAAGACAGCCUUGGAGGAAACUCUAAAACUAUCAUGAUUGCCACCAUUUCACCUGCUGAUGUCAAUUAUGGAGAAACCCUAAGUACUCUUCGCUAUGCAAAUAGAGCCAAAAACAUCAUCAACAAGCCUACCAUUAAUGAGGACACCAACGUCAAACUCAUCCGCGAGCUCCGAGCUGAAAUAGCCAGAUUGAAAAUGUUACUUGCUCAAGGGAAUCAGAUUGCCCUCCUAGACUCACCUACUGCUUUAAGUAUGGAGGAAAAACUUCAGCAGAAUGAAGCAAGAGUUCAAGAGUUGACCAAGGAAUGGACAAAUAAGUGGAAUGAAACCCAAAAUAUCUUGAAAGAACAAACUCUAGCCCUCAGGAAAGAAGGAAUUGGAGUUGUUCUAGAUUCUGAACUACCCCAUUUGAUUGGCAUUGAUGAUGACCUUCUGAGUACUGGGAUCAUCUUGUAUCACUUGAAGGAAGGUCAAACAUAUGUUGGUAGAGAAGAUGCUUCAACAGAACAAGAUAUUGUUCUUCAUGGCCUUGAUUUGGAGAGUGAGCACUGCAUCUUUGAAAAUGUUGGUGGGACAGUGACUCUGAUUCCUCUGAGUGGUUCUCAGUGCUCUGUGAAUGGUAUUCCAAUCAUGGAGGCCACACAUCUAAAUCAAGGUGCUGUGAUACUUUUGGGAAGGACCAAUAUGUUUCGCUUUAACCAUCCUAAGGAAGCAGCCAGGCUCCGGGAGAAAAGGAAGAGUGGCCUUCUGUCCUCCUUCAGCUUAUCGAUGACUGACCUCUCCAAGUCUUGUGAGAACCUCUCUGCAGUCAUGUUGUAUAACCCCGGACUUGAAUUUGAGAGGCAACAACGUGAAGAACUUGAAAAAUUAGAAAGUAAAAGGAAACUCAUAGAAGAAAUGGAGGAAAAGCAGAAAUCAGACAAGGCUGAACUGGAGCGGAUGCAGCAGGAGGUGGAGACUCAGCGCAAGGAGACAGAAAUUGUACAGCUUCAGAUCCGCAAGCAGGAGGAGAGCCUCAAACGACGCAGUUUCCAUAUUGAGAGCAAACUGAAGGAUUUGCUUGCUGAGAAGGAAAAAUUUGAAGAGGAGAGGCUGAGGGAGCAGCAGGAGAACGAAUUGCAGAAGAAGAGACAAGAAGAAGAGACCUUUUUGUAUGCCAAAGAAGAACUCCAUUGGCUCCAAGAACUCAACAAUAACGAGAAGGCUGAGAAGAUUCAGAUAUUUCAAGAACUAGACUGGCUCAAAAAGGAAAAAGAAGAACAGUGUGCCAAGCUUAAACGGGAAAAGCAGAGGUUGGAGGAGCAAGAACAGGAGCAGUUCAUGCUUGUGGCACAUCUGGAAGAGCAGAUCCGAGAGAAGCAGGAGAUGAUCCAACUCCUACAGCGAGGGGAGGUCCAGCGUGUGGAAGAGGAGAAGAAAGACCUAGAGGACAUCCGAGAGGCCCUCCUCCGGGCCAAGGAAGCACGGGUUGAAGGGGAUGAUGAUGGUGAGGAGCUAGAAAAGGCUCAACUGCAUUUCUUAGAGUUCAAGAGAAGGCAACUGGUCAAGCUAGCCAACUUGGAGAAGGACCUGGCUCAUCAGAAAGACCUCCUGAAGAAAGAAGUUGAAGAAGAACAAGAGAUCCUAGAGCAUUUAAAAUGUGAAAAUAAAGAUGAAUUUAGGUUGGCAAAAAAUGAUGGUAGUGUCAAAUAUACUAGCCAGGCUGCUCAAGAUUUAGACAAAAUAAAGCCAGUGGAGUACCGUCUGCAGUAUAAAGAACGUCAACUACAGUAUCUCCUGCAGAAUCAUCUGCCAACCUUGUUGGAAGAAAAACAGAGGGCAUUUGAAAUCCUUGACAGAGGCCCACUUGGCUUAGACAACACUCUUUAUCAAGUAGAAAAAGAGAUGGAAGAAAAAGAAGAACAACUUAUGCAGUACCACGCUAAUGCCAGCCAGCUGCAAAAGCUGCAAGCCACCUUUGAAUUCACUGCCAACAUUGCACGUCAAGAAGAGAAAGUGAGGAAGAAAGAAAAGGAGAUUCUUGAAUCCCGAGAGAAACAACAGAGAGAGGCACUAGAGCAGGCUGUUGCCAAGCUGGAGAAGAGACACUCCGCCUUGCAGAGGCGCUCCACCCUGGGCCUGGAAAAUGAAGAUCAGAGGCAGAAACUCACAACUCGAAACAGCAGCAGCAGCAGCACACAGUCAGGGCUCCGGGCCAGCCUGGAGCCUGAGCAGGAAGUCUUGGAGAAGGACCAGGAGAGGAUCAAUGCCUAUAUUGAAGAAGAAGUCCAACGACGUCUUCAGGAUUUUCAUCGUGUGAUUGGCGAUGGUGGCAAUACAUCUGCAGAAACAAUAAAGGAUAAUGAGAAACUUCACAAUGGCACUAUUCAACGUAAACUAAAAUAUGAGCGGAUGAUUUCUCGCUCUUUGGGAGCAAAUCCAUAUGACAUGAAGGACCCAAUUAAAAUUAGUAUUCCACGCUAUGUUCUCUGCGGACAAGGAAAGGAUGAGCACUUCGAGUUUGAAGUCAAGAUUGCUGUCCUAGAUGAGACAUGGACCAUAUUUAGGCGUUACAGUCGUUUUCGAGAAAUGCAUAAAACAUUGAAAUUAAAGUAUGCAGAGCUUGCUACCCUCGAAUUCCCUCCAAAGAAACUAUUUGGAAACAAGGAUGAACGUGUGAUUGCUGAGAGGCGAAGUCACUUAGAGAAAUACCUCAGGGACUUUUUCAGUGUGAUGCUUCAAUCUACAACAUCUCCCCUGCACAUCAGUAAAGUGGGACAGACUCUGUCAAAACACACAAUAUGUGAGUUCUCACCAUUCUUCAAGAAAGGAGUCUUCGACUACAGCAGCCAUGGGACUGGGUAGCAGGUGCAAAGGAGGAACCAAAAACGCAGUGCCUUCUCAUAAAGGCAGGCUUCCCCAGUGCCUGGCCAACUCCGAUGCAGGGGCCUGGCAUGGACUGCCAUAGCAGCUGACCUGUCCCUUGUCAUGUGUUUUAUACUGGUGCCUGAGUUAGGGGAUAGGAUACUUCACCUGCUGGUGGGGACCCUGUUGAGUGUCUGUUACUUCUCCAUUAUGGUUCAACCUGCCUUUUCCCAUCGUGCUUCCUUCUCUUUUUGCACAGUGGAGUUUGUCCCCAGUGGCUAAACAUUGUCAGUCAUCUCCAAGGCUCUUCAAGACAAGUCAACCUGGGCCCUCCAAAGCAAGUAGCUUACCAGACAACCCUUAGAGGACUUUCAUCUGGUUUCCUUUUUCACCAAAAUACACUUUUCAUUUUUUAUAGUCCUUUCACAUAGCUGGUUGUCUCCUAAAAAAAGCUCUUAAAAUUCUUUCAUUGUAUUUUUUUUUUUUCCUUGCUUCAAUCAGAACUUUUGUAAAAUACCUAAACACUGAUGUUUACACAGAAUUUCAUAUUCUGCAAAAGGGAUUUUCCUUCUAAUCAUGACUGGAGUCUUCCAUGCCUGACAAAUUGGAUGUAGGCAACAUCACUAAAAGAAUUCCUCAAAUUCAUGCUAAUAGGGUAUUUGUUUACUCCUGGAUAUUUGAGAACAUUUUCUCAAAUGUAAGCAGCUACAGUGCAUUCUCUGGCUUUCUCUGCUAAGCACAAACUGAGCACAGAGCUGAGUACAUAUUUUCAAAGUUGAUUUUGUUCACGUUUCUGCUAAGGAAUCUACUGGAUCAUUAGCUGAAAAACUAGAAUUUAUAUUAGUUCAUUAACAAUCCCUUCAAUUACUCAGGAAUUAAUGUAGCAUUGUACAUUUGUGUACAGUAAAAUGGUCUUCUCUUGCUAAAGAGACAAAUGUGAGUAGAGAAAACUAUAUAUGUGGUAUAUAUUAAAAUGUAUAUAAUUCUAUGUAUAGAUUUAUGUAUGCACACUUCUGUAUAAUAGUUGUAUCAAAAUCUAUAAUCAUUCACAUCAAAUUUGUUAAAAAUGUUUGUGUUUUCAAUAUUAAAUCGAACUCAUAAACAAUGUUAAAUGAAGUUAAGGAAUCU